CCACAUGGAUGUUCUAGCAAUAAUCAGUUAAGCUUCAGCAUUUGAGUCAUGCAGAUGUAUAGUUUCUGCGGAUUUAUAUUUUGGAUAGUGCAGCCUAAUGUUUUAUUUUUUAGUGUGUUGGAUAGGAUAUCAUUGCGGUGAGCUGGUCUUGAGUUCAGUCUAACGUUACCUAGCUAGUCUUUCUCGCAGAAUUCAAAGGAAGCGGAACGUGUCGACGGAGAUACUCAAAUCCACACGAUGAAUAACAAACCUGGGAAAAAGCAAAGCAACACAACCAAGAGGACUAUACAGUCUAACACUAAUGGGGUUACUUUCAACUCCAUCCGAAUAAAAAAAGAACCAGGAGACUUUGAACGGAAGGAAAUUGGUGACCAUUCCAAACGUCCUUUGCUGGAGAAGCAAAAGCACGUCAAGCAGCAUCAAACUACGUCCAACCAAGCGACCCGGUGUAGCAAGAUAUCGAGGAGUCCUGUGGUGAUACUAACAAAAUUGUCCAACGUGGUGCUUAAGACUCUUCUGAGAGAAACUAAAGUGCGUUUGGUGAAGGAGGAGACAGAGGCCAGGAGGGAUGAAGACAACAGUGAAGUCUCUUCUCCGCAGUUCUUUCCUUGUCCACACUGCACCAUCUCCUUCACUGACUGUUACUUCCUGGAGAACCACAUCAAGACCAAACACCAGAAGCAGUACCUGGCCAUGUUGAAAAGCCACGUCUCAAAGAGUAAAACCAUGUACGCCCCCACACACAGCUGUCCCCAGUGCAGCUGCAUGUUCCAUACCCCACGACAGCUACACAUCCACACCCGCCAGGCCCACCCCUCCGCCCUUCCCCAGAAACCUGCCCGUCCCCCCAGGGUUCCGGGGAAACUCCAUCCCUGCCCGCAGUGUGCCCGUAGAUUCCCGUACCUGGGAACCCUGCUGAAGCACUGCAAGAAUUUGCACAAAAUGGCUGUUUUUCGCACCGAUGGUCAUAUCAGUUGUGCUGACUGUGGGAAGAGCUUUGAAAAUUGCUGGGGACUAGGGCCACACCGUUGUCAAGAACCAGAGGGCACUAAACCUAAGGACACUAAGACGGUGGUCUGUCUGGAAGUCGGCUUCCAUUGCUCAGAGUGUGGGAAGAUCCUCAGUACUCCUACGAGCCUGGACACUCACAUGCGCAUCCACACUGGAGAGAAGCCGUACGAAUGUAAGGAGUGCGGCAAGCGCUUCUCAGAGAACAGCGGUUACCGUUAUCACUCGUUAAUACACUCGGGGCUCAAGCCAUUCAAAUGCCAGGACUGCGGGAAGACUUUCAAACGGAAGUCGCUCCUCUGGACUCACAUGUCGGUUCACACUGGUGAGCGGAAGUUCUCCUGCACCCAAUGCGAUAAGCGGUAUGCAAGCAGGGCCCAUCUGAAGCUUCACCUGCGAACACACUCGGGGGAGAGACCUUUCAAAUGCACCGUUUGUGGUAAAGACUUUGCUGACAAAGCUUAUCUGAAAACACACCUGAAGAUCCACAGCAACGAGAAGAACUACCACUGUGGGGUUUGUGGGCGGGCGUUCUUGAGGCUGGGGUUGUUGAAGUUACACAUGCGAUCACAUACCGGGGAGAGGCCCUACCACUGCACAGUGUGCGACAAGAAAUUUUUCCGACUCUCACACCUGAAGAACCAUCACCUGACUCACACGGGUGAGAAACCAUACACCUGUACCGAGUGCGGUAAAAGCUUCACUCAGUCUGGGGAUCUGUCCAAGCACAAGCUCCUACACACUGGGGAGAAGCCAUUUGAAUGCCCUGAAUGCCCCAGCCGGUUUAACCGUUCUGGUUCUCUGUCCAGUCACAUGAGGACCCACACUCACCGUGAUAUAAAGCCAUACUCCUGCCAAGAAUGUGGGAAGAGCUUUUAUGAACAGAGUCACGUCAAAGUCCACAUGAAGACCCACACAGGGGAGAGACCGUAUCCCUGCCCCCACUGCCUUUUCAGCUUCACUCGGAAAGCACAUCUCUCCAAACACCUGCCUAGAUGUCGUAAAUGAUCAUGGUUGCCAUUUUUUAUUACACCUUUUUUAUUAUGAAAUUCAUUGUAUUCAUAGGAAUCACUUUUAGAUGAAUCCACCACAGUAAAACAAUAAUGUUAUAUAGUCAUGGAAUACAUUGAAACAUUAUUAUACUGAGCAAAAAUAUAAACGCAACAUGUACAGUGUUGGUCCCAUAUUUCAUGGCUGAAAUAAAAUAUCCCAGAAAUGUUCCAUAAGCACAAAAAGCUUAUUGCUCACAAAUGUGUUUACAUCCCUGUUAGUGAGCAUUUUUUCCUUUGCCAGGAUAAUCCAUCCACCUGACAGGUGUGGCAUAUCAAGAAGCUGAUUAAACAGCAUGAUCAUUACACAGGUGCACCUUGUGCUGGGGACAAAAGACCCUAAAAAAUGAGCCAUUUUGUCACAAAACACAAUGCGAGAGAUGUUUCUAGUUUUAAGGGAGCGUGCAAUUGACUUGCUGACUGCAGGAAUGUCGACCAGAGCUGUUGCCAGACAAAUGCUAUGUUAGUUUCUUUACCAUAAGCCGCCUCAAGUCGUUUUAGAGAAUUUGACAGUACAUCCUACCAGCCUCUCAACCAUAGACCAUGUGUAUGGCAUUGUGUGGGCAAGCAGUUUGCUGAUGUCGAUGGCAAUUUGAAUGCACAGAGAUAUUGAGAUCCUGAGGCCCACUCUCGUGCCCUUCAUCCGCCGCCAUCACCUUGUGUAUCAGAAUGAUAAUGCACGGCCCCAUGUCGCAAGGACGUGUACACAAUUCCUGGAAGCUGAAAAUGUCAUAGUUCUUCCAUGGCAUGCAUACUCACCAGACAUGUCACCCAUUGAGCAAGUUUGGGAUGCUCUGAAUCAACGUGUAUGACAGCAUGUUUCAGUUCCCACCAAUAUCCAGCAACUUCACAGAGCCAGUGAAGAGGAGUGGGACAACAUUACACAGGCCACCAUCAACAGCCUGAUCAACUCUAUGCGAAGGAGAUGCAAAUGGUGGUCACACUAGAUACGGAUGGGUUUUAUGAUCCACGCCCAUACUUUUAUGUUUAAUUAAGGUAUCUAGGACCAACAGAUGUAUAUCUGUAUUUGCAGUCAUGUGACGUACAUAGAUUAGAGCCUAAUUGAUUUAUUUGAAUUGACUGAUUUCCUUUAUAUGAACUGUAGCUCAGUAAAUAUUUUAAAUUGUU